GGAAGGGAUCUGACAGGAUCGAGGUCGGGGGCGUUGUCCAAUGGCAGCCGGAAUGGCACUAUGGGAUGAUGAAAGACCACCCUUCGUCCCAGUCCCUGUGGUGCCAACUCUUGAUGCCUGCGAUGAGCCGGGAGGCUUGACAGGAGGCAUACUGGCCUGGGGCGAUUGUUGGUCGCACGUGAUGAUCAUCCUCUCGAGGCCACUGCUUGCCACUUCAAUCGCUGCUCUGGGGAGAGGCCAGUCCAGCCCUAAGUUGAACUCGCUUGGUGCACAUCGAAUCAACACAGACACGGUUUUCACCAAACAAGAAUCAGAAAGACCAAACGCGAAGAGAACACUGGCCCAAACUGCCUUGCGCGGUUUCCACCGCGAUGCCGUGUCUCCGCGGUCCGUUGCUCGGGGCUGCUCGGGGUAGCGAUUUCUUCCGAUUCCGAUCGCUCGGGACCCGAGUCGCGAGGCCCAACAUGGAUGUUCCGUUCGGACUCCGAUGCCCUUCGUGACGUUCGUCGUAAGGCAUCGCUACAAGCUCGAGAAAUUUUAGGCGCAGGCCGGUUCCCGCUCCUCUACGUUCACUUCCGCUCCUCUUUCUCUCCAAGCGUCGAUGGGCUUCGCGUCCGACGGAAGCGAUCGGACGUGCGUCCCCCCACACCGAAGGUGUUUGGGGCAGUGUAGGUUUGUGACGUUCGCCCGUGCGUGAAAACGGC